GUUUCCUUCUGCUAGAAGCGCUCCUAUCACCAGUUGCCUUUAUCAAAAGAUUAUGCUCUAAAUCAAUUCUAAGUGUUUAAUUUUUAUAUUUUUGGUAGUUGGUUACUAGACAAAGAUUCAAGACUCCUUACGGAUGAGAUAGAAAAACUAUUUAAAGACUCACCUACUUGGGGCCAGAUGUCACCAAAUCGCCAGAGACAGAUCUAUUAUGCAUUUAAGGAAAAAUGUGUUUGGCGCCCGGAACAUGAGACGCAGCUAGCCCAAAACUUCAAGAAGAAAGCUCAGCGCUUACUAAGUGACAUGUUAGGAAGGGAACUAAAACGGGGGACGCCAGUGCCUCAAGAUGAGGCGUUCAAGAUCACUCACGUGAAGAAGAAGGCAAACACUAAUGAUCCAGACCAGUGGUGUGAGGAACGGGCUGAGCGGACCUACAAUCAAUAUCAACAUUCAAAGGCGGAGUUUCUUCGUACUCAGCCACCCAACACACAGCUGCUAGAAGAACAAAUGGAGGAAAGGUGGCUUGAGAGUGUUUGUGGUCCCACUAGGUUUGGCACAGCUUACGGAAUGCCACAUCGUGCAUUUCGUCAAUACCGGUCGCCCCUAGAAGGCCUACAUUCUUGUAAUACCAAGUCGUUUGAUAGAGUGAGUGCCAUGGCCAUAGAGCAAAAGAUUGCUGAGCUAUCUAGACAACUACAGACCUCAGAGGAACGGGAGAGGGGAAGGGAUAUGCAGUUUGACGAUAUGUCAGGAAUUGGCAAUAAUCAAACUACCGGAAACAAUGCUAACAAUGAGUGGAUCGCCCCAGAUGGCCUUCCCUGUGAUCCUACAGCAGUUGAUCUUUUGAUCUAG